AUGUUCACCUCACCAACCGACUCUCCAUCCUCCUCCUCCAACGCAUCCCCCAUCUCUCAACACCCUCACCCUCACGCAUGGUUUCCAUCUCUCCCACGCCGUCAUGCAGAAAAAGUCCGCUACCCGCGGUACUACUCAACCCCCUUAGACAAGGACAGUCCGGACUCGACACCUCUCCACCUCUACGGACUGGAACAGCGCGAACCCUCCAUCAUGCUUGAAAAGCCCAAGCUGCUCCGUCGCGUCUCUUACGCCCUCGACGACAUCAAAGAGGGCGAGAAACUCAAGACCAAGCGUCGUCAGUCUACCUUCAUGCAUGAAAGCGCCAAUAUGAGCUCCGGCGCUAUGUCCAGUGCGGGCUCCUCGCUCUCCGGCGCUGAGAUGUCGGAACCUCCUCGGUCCAGACCUAUGUCGAUUUUCUCUGUGGAUCACUGGUCGCCUCCGACGAGGGGACUCAGUCGUCGGUUGUCUAUCAGAUUGAGUCUCUCCAGGGGGAAGAGAUUCCGUCCCGGUCAGGGAGCCAGUAUUUCACAGCCGAAUUUGAUCGGGUCGUCUACUCAGCUCUAG